GAAAAUUGCAGCAUGGCGGAUGCUGAUUCUCUGUAUGACAUGAGCUCGGAUCAAGAGCAAGAUCUGAGCGCUGCAGAUGCAGAUGUUGAAGAAGACGAAGUGUCUGAACAUGGCAGAUUAGAUGUAGCAUCCAGGAAGAAACACAAAAAAUAUUUAAAGAAAAGAAAGCAUAAGGAUAUAGAAAGAUCAAGUGGGGAUUCUGAUGGUCAGAUGAUGAAUGAUGAUGAAGAAACACAUAUCCCUAAUGCCAAUAGAUUGCCUGUCAUCACAAGCAAAUCGGAUCAAACUUCAGGAAUGGAGGCCGAUUCAGAGAGUCAAGGAUCAGGAUCUAAAGGAUCAGAAGAAGGAAAGAGAGAUAUAGAGAAUGAUGCAGUUCUUAUGAAUGCUGGAGCAUCUGGUCCUAUUUCAGAAAAUGCACCUGAUCCGUCAACUUUGAAACUUCAAAGAAUCCAGAAAGCAGUAGAAUUAUUGACUCUUUCCUCACAAGGAGCACCAAAAAGUAUGGAAGAGGCAAGCAAGAAGAGGUACCAGUUUUGGGAAACACAACCUGUUCCUAAAAUAAAUGAGAAAAUCCAGGCCUCAGAAAACCAAGAGAUUGAAAUUGACAAACCACAUGAGGAAAUCCGACAGGAUCCUUACUCAUUACCAGGAGGUUUCCAGUGGGAUACUCUAGAUCUCAACGAUCCUUUAAUUUUAAAAGAGCUGUACACAUUACUGAAUGAAAAUUAUGUAGAAGAUGACGACAACAUGUUUAGAUUUGAUUACUCACCAGAAUUCUUACAAUGGGCAUUACAGCCACCUGGUUGGAGAAAAGAUUGGCAUUGUGGUGUACGAGCUAUGAAGAGUGCAAAACUUGUAGGAUUUAUCAGUGCUGUUCCAGCAAAUAUUAAAAUAUAUGAAAGAACAAAACAUUUAGUAGAAAUCAAUUUUUUGUGUGUUCACAAGAAGUUACGAUCAAAAAGAGUGGCGCCAGUGUUGAUUAGAGAGAUUACAAGACGUGUACAUACACAUGGGUUAUUUCAAGCUGUUUACACAGCUGGUGUAGUAUUACCAAAACCUGUGGCAUGUUGUAGAUAUUGGCAUAGAUCAUUAAAUCCUAGGAAAUUAAUUGAAGUCAAAUUUUCACAUUUAAGUAGGAAUAUGACAAUGCAAAGAACAUUAAAGCUUUACAAGUUACCUGAUGCACCCAAAACUCCAGGUUUUAGGAAGUUCACACCUACAGAUGUUCCGGAAGCUUAUAAAUGUUUGAAAAAAUAUUUACUGAAGUUUGAUUUGGCACCUUUAUUUACAGAAGAAGAAUUUAGACAUUGGUUUAUACCACGACCUGGAAUAAUUGAUUCUUUUGUAGUUGAGAGAAAUGGGGAGGUGACAGACUUUGUUAGUUUUUAUACUCUACCGUCUACUGUAGUCCACCAUCCUGUUCAUAAGACGUUGAAAGCUGCCUACUCAUUUUAUAAUGUCAGUGGUAAGACACCAUGGUAUGACCUGAUGCAGGACGCUCUUAUAAUAGCUAAGACAAUGGGGUUUGAUGUUUUUAAUGCCUUAGAUUUAAUGGAUAACAAACAGUUUUUAGAGAAGUUAAAGUUUGGAAUCGGAGAUGGAAACUUACAAUACUAUUUAUAUAACUGGAAAUGUCCUCAGAUGAAUCCAGAAAAGAUUGGUCUAGUUCUUCAUUAACAUUAACCAGAAGAACUCAUAUGUCCUGUGAUUUAGAACUUUAAAACAUGAACUCCUGAAGUAGAUCUGAUUUACUUGCAGAAUCAAACCAGUUGUGCAUUUCAUUGCUUCAAAAUACAUGUGAAAGAAAAGGUGAAAGAGGAGAUACGAAAAAUGUGUUGUGUUUGUUUUUAUUCUGAUAUUAAAAUGUUAGUUACUAUUGAAAUUGUGUGAAGAAGUAAAGGUGAUCAUGUUUGAAUAAGAGUUGUUCACAAGUGAUUACUUGCUUUAUUACUGAUGUUAGAAACAGUCAAGUGUAUUGCUGAGAAGAAAGGGAAAGUUAUUGAAUAGAUUAAUGAAGUCUCCUGUUACAUCUUUUACAUUGAAUGGAUUAAUGAAGUCUCCCCUUAUAUCUUUUAUAUUGAAUAAUUACUGAAAGAUUACUAAGAUAUGUCAUGGUUGUACAAGAUUGAUAAUUGUUUAGGAAAUAUUGUUUUGUAUGUAUUAAGCAUUACAAAUCAUGUCACCAAUCACUUGCAAGCAUUAUAGAACUAGUGAUACAUAUAGUAAUAAAUUUGUCUUGUGUCUCAUAUAUCAGAUGUAAAUGGUUUUAUUUAAAACUUCACAAACUCUAAUUAUGAAAGCAUUUGUCAUUUUUAUGUGCCAUGAUGUAUAGUAUGGAGAAUACUAAAAUGUAUUAAACUCCUAAGCUACCAUUCACUGUGUUCAAAUAAUGAGAAUUUGAUAAAAGACCAAUUACUGUGGGUUCAUUAUUAUUCGUUGGAUACACAAUUUUCGUGGAUUUCAAGGGUACAGGGAAACCACGAAUUUAAAUGUUCAAUAACAAAGUAACAUAUUUGUUAUAUGAUUGUAUGCAGAAAACUGCAAAAGCAAACAUCCACGAAAAUGCAAGUUUUCCUCAAUCCAGGUACAGACGAAAAUAAAAAAAACCCACAGUACUGUAAAUUCAGAAAUUAUUGUGAGGGUUUUAUUAAAGGAAUAAGGCAACUGAAUAAGUAUUGCAACAAUAAGAACUCACAUUUAGAAUUUGAUACAUAUAUCUUUAUGUAGAUUUUCCUGAAAUCGCAAUAAUUAAUUUCGCAUUGUUGUCCAUUCUUCAGAAAUGCACGCAAUAAUUUCUGAAUUUACAGUAUUACAUUGGCAUUUUGACAUUUUGGAAACAGUUCCUGUUUAUUUGCCAAGGUUACUAAGUUUAAUACAGUAUUACUAUGGUCACUCUUUACAUGUGAGAUCAGCAAUUCUUUGACCUUUACAAUGUGAGAUCAGUUAUUCUUUGACCUUAACAUGUGAGAUCAGUAAUUCUUUGCCCUUUACAUGUGAGAUCAGUAAUUCUUUGACCUUGACAUUUGAGAUCAGUAUUUCUUUGACCUUUACUUCAUGUACAUUGAGGUGAGGAUUACUUUGAACUGUACAUGUGAGGUCAGGAUUUCUUUGAUCUUUACAAAGAGGUCAGGAUUACUUCAACCUUUACAUGUGAGAGUUUUAGCAAGCUCAUGUUGUUAAUCUUAUUCUCAUUAUUUUAAAAUCCUCUGGACAUUUUAGAUUGAUAGCAUUAGAAAAUUUUGUCCAGUAGCCUAACUUUUUUCCCAUAAUUUCAUUAAAUACAUUGCAGCAAAAUCUAGUUAAUUUCUUGUUAUAUCUGAAAAAAUUUAAAGUGAAAAAAUGUCUUUAAAAAAUAAAUAACAAAUUAGAAAUGUUUCCCACCAAAUUUUUCUCAAAAACAAGUCCAUAGACGUAUUUUUUCCAGUAAACUUAUUUCUUAGGCAAAUAUCUUUCAGUAUGUAACAACAAUUUUGGAACCUUGUUCUUUUAAAAAGUGGUCUGCAAACUUCCUUGAUCAUAGAUUUAGUUAAGGAAGGCAAAUAAUUUCCAAAUGAACCACCAAUAGUAUCGAAUGAUUGACAUCUGUAAUGUUCAUUUAAUGGAAGUAAUGCUCAUGAUGCUUGUAUGGUGUGUUAGCUCAUUUACACUCAUUUUCAGUGAUAUCAGUCAUGUGCCAAGACAUAAAAACCAAAUGUUGUGCAUUUUUUUAUUCCUGCAUGGCUUAGGUGUGCAUUUUGAUUUUUGAAUGUUUUUAAAUUAAGUUUGAUAUGUUUAAAUUUCUUGUUUUUCUCUUAUUUUCAAUUAAAAUCAGGAUUUUUAACAUGGAUUUACUGAUAAUUAGUUUUCUUAAGGGCAUAUUAUUUGACAAUGAAAAUAAUAAUAAAAUUUCCAAUGUAUCAAAAAAUAUAUUUUGUUUAAUAAGAAAUUUGUAUUCCACAAAGUAAAUGAGUAAAUCUUUCAGUACAACUUGUAGUAACAUAUUCUUUUGUUUGUUUUGUAUUGUUUUAUCUUUGAAUGUUAGUGACAGUGAAAGACAGUUAAAACUGAUAUUACUUUCGCUUUUACUUUGUUAUGUGAGUUUUAUAUAUACUAUAAUUUAUUUCUAUCAUUUCUAGAAUGUUUUUGAAAGUCUCCUAAUGUCAAGUUUGCAUAAUAGAUCGAAAGCAUAGCUAACAAACAAUAACUCAUAGAUCAAGUAUUGAUUUCAUUACUAAAACAUUUUUAAUAAUAACAAGGGGUUGGUCUGGCCUGAGGAAAUACUUGGCCAACAAAAUCACCAAUUAUUAAAAAUUUAGAGCCAAAAUCUCCUUUUUUUCGCUGACAGAAUGAUAAAUAUAAAAUUAAAAGACAAUUAUAAUUUCAACACCCAAGGAAAUGAUCAGAUAUAAACCUGCUGUCACUAUGUGCAAUGUUGAGAGCAUUUGAUGUAACUGUGUUUGACUUGUACUUCUAAGAGAAUUAAUUAUGAUGUCAUUAGCAAUGCAGAAUGUGUUUGAUUGAGUUUCUAUAACCUAAAAAAAAAACUUAUAUUGGCAAUGUUUUGUAGUACCUGAGAGACCAUUCUUAAAAUGGAAGAGAGAGAGCACAACAUUUUAUAUUAUUCUGUACUUUUGUAGAUAGCUCAUGUCAUUUUAUUUAUUGAUUUAAAGAGCAUCAAAUUUAUCAUGUCAAACUGCAAAAUAAAUAAUUAUUUAUA